AUGGGAGGUUUGGUUUCAAGUUUUGGUUGGGUUAUCCUUGAAUUCUUGUCAAAGUUGAAUUUUGGGUUGAAAUUGCGUCUGGGGUUUGGUUAUUUUAGAUUAGCUAUUCAUUUUAUGGCAUUUGAAUGCCAAAAGAGCACAGAGGUGUUGAAAAAUCUUGCCAAUUGUGUUGAAAAAAGCAAUUCCAAUACUGAAAGUUCUGAAAUUUCCGAGUCUCAUAUAGACUGCUACUCUAAGAAGGGGAUUUUAAGUAGUUUGAGUUCAAAGCAGCUGUCUUGUAAUGAUGUUUUGCUCCAUUGUCACCGGUCAAUUACUGACCUUCCUCCGGCACUGAUUUCUGAGAUUCUUAGUUGCCUUGAUCCUAAAGAUCUUGGUAUAGUUUCAUGUGCAUCGACAGUUCUUAAUAGGCUUGCGACUGAGAAUAGUGUUUGGAAGGAAGUAUAUUGUGAGAGAUGGGGACUUCCUAUAGUUCCUGCACCGUUGGGUGCAGGGGUUUCAGAUGAGAAGUCAUGGAAGGAACUGUUUGUGGAGAGGGAGUAUAGUAGUAAGAUUUUCUUGUGUCGUUACAGCAUUGAUACUUUGCAUGGGCAUACUGAAGCAGUUCGAACAGUUUCUCUACUGGCUUCUGCCAAGCUCAUUUUUACCUCUGGUUAUGAUACGGUUGUGCGAAUGUGGGACAUGGAAGACGGGUUAUACAUUGCAUCAUCGCGGCCUCUUGGGUGCACUAUUCGAGCAGUUGCAGCGGAUACAAAGCUCUUGGUUGCUGGUGGUACUGAUGGUUUUAUUCAAGGCUGGAGGGUGGUUGAGGGUCUCAAGCACUUGUUUGACCUUAAAGGUUCUGAGGUGCCAAACACUGAAUUUAGAAUCUGGGAGCACGAGGGACCUAUAACAUCUCUUGCCUUGGACCUCUCAAGGAUUUAUAGUGGGUCUUGGGACAUGACUGUUCGUAUAUGGGAUCGUUGUUCACUUAAAUGCUUAAAAGUCUUGAGGCAUGGUGACUGGGUGUGGAGCGUUGUUCCGCAUGAUACUACAGUUGCUAGCACAUCAGGUUCAGAUGUGUAUGUUUGGGACACUAAUAAUGGGACUCUGCUAACUUUCAUUCAUAGUGCUCAUGUCGGUAACACUUAUUCUUUGGCUCGAAGCCAUACAGGGGAUUUCAUUUUUACUGGAGGAGAAGAUGGGGCUAUGCACAUGUUUGAGAUCACUAGUCCUACAGCUGAGGCUAAUGUUUUUAAGGUUGCAACUUGGAUUCCUCACUCAGGGCCUGUUAAUUCCCUUGCAUUUGAGUUUCCAUGGCUUGUUUCAGCUUCUAGUGAUGGGAAGCUGUCACUGGUAAAUGUGAGAAAACUACUAAGGACCAACCGACGCUCUUUACGAAAGAACUUUUCAAGGGUUGCCAAUAUGGACCGUAUCAACGUGGAACCACCUCAGAGGAUGUUACAUGGGUUUGGGCCCAAUUUAUUUUCAGUGGAUGUUGGUGCUGACCGUAUUGUAUGUGGAGGAGAGGAAGGUGUUGUUAGGAUCUGGAACUUCUCAGAGGCUCUGGAAAGGGAGCGAUCGGCUCGUGCCAUGAGAGGAAUACGGUUGGAGAACAGGAUGAGGCGGCGCAAACUUCAAAUAGAGAUGAGCAGCAAGGGUGGUCGGACUGAUCAAUGUUCUGUUGCAGCCAAGAAGAACCCAAUGCAUGUAGACAGGAGUGGUGUCUGGCACCAUAAACGCGGGAUGAGUGGCAAGCUGAAAGCAUAG